CUGCCUCAAUCCAACAUGGCGGCGCCCAUACGCUAACGUGAGAGCGACUACAGCUAAAAGCUAAAAAGUUUGAGUAGCAGAACAGUAUCGAAGCUGUCACCCCCUAAGGACGAACCAAUUUGCCUUCACAAACCGGCUGUGUGUCUAUAUGCUGGUGCGGGCUGCCCGGCUGACCACUCUCAUCGUCAUCUCCCCACACCUACGUCCGUCCCGCGUAGCUGGAGCUGCCGCCUCCAUCAGCAUAGGACCGAGAUCCAUGGAGCCCUCGAAAACAGCCACACAGGACCCGGAGGUUCUCGAUAAAAAGGCAGCGGCUGACUCUUCUUCUUCUGGGGCGCUGGCUGAGUGGCAGGAGGAGUCUCCAGCGGGACUCUUACCUGGCGAAACAGUGGUGAGGGAGGGCAAGGCGGCUAUCCUGUUUCCUAGUGCGAAUGAGGUGUUUUACAACCCAGUCCAGGAAUUUAAUAGAGAUUUAACAUGUGCCGUGAUCACCGAGUUCGCCAGAGAUGUGCUGACUCAGCGUGGCGUCAAGGUGCAAGUGCCUGGCGAGAAGGAGCGUGUGGUGGUGUCGCUGUCCGAUGACGCAAACGAGGCGGAUGCGCAGAGCGAGGAGAAGAAGAAGGCAGAAGAGGCAACAACGAUCACGGCGACUGCUGGGGAGAAAUGUGAGCGGGGGCUUCGCGUGUUGGAAGGAUUGGCGGCGUCCGGUCUGCGGUCGGUGCGGUUCGCCCUGGAAGUGCCGGGCCUUCAAAGUGUCACUGCUAACGACUUCUCCACCAAAGCCGCCGCCCUGAUUGCCAGGAACGCUCAGUACAACAAAGUCAGCGAGCUCCUCCAAGCCAGCUGCAAGGACGCCAGCAUGCUUAUGUACGAGAUGCGAGGCAGGAAGGAUCGCUAUGAUGUCAUCGAUCUGGAUCCCUACGGUAGCCCCGCCGCCUUUCUGGAUGCCGCCGUGCAGGCCGUCAGUGAGGGAGGUCUUCUGUGCGUCACGUGCACCGACAUGGCGGUGCUGGCGGGGAACAGCGGUGAGACGUGCUACAGCAAAUAUGGCUCAGUCUCCAUCAAGGCUAAAUAUUGUCAUGAGCUGGCUCUUCGCAUCAUCUUACACAGUUUGGACCAGCGGGCCAAUGUGUAUCAGCGCUACAUUCAGCCCCUGCUGGCCAUCAGCGCAGAUUUCUACAUUCGGGUCUUUGUACGCGUCUUCACAGGACAGGCCACCGUCAAAAACUCAGCCAGCAAACAGGCUCUUGUCUACAACUGUGUCGGCUGCGGUUCCUUCCACUUGCAAAGGAUGGGCAGGAGAACCAGCAACGGGAAACACAUGAAAUAUUCUGCUGCCACUGGACCGCCUGUGGGACCAGCAUGUGAGCACUGUGGACAGAGACAUCAGCUGGGGGGUCCAAUCUGGGCAGAACCUAUCCACAACCAGGCCUUCGUCCAGAAGGUUUUGUCGGCGGUGUCGGGGAACCCAUCUCGUUUUGGCACAUCCAAGCGGAUCGAGGGGAUGCUGAGCAUGGUGACCGAGGAGCUGGAGGACGCACCGCUUUAUUACACGGUGGACAGUCUGAGCAGCACCAUACACUGCAAUACGCCACCUCUGCUCCAGUUUAGGUCAGCUCUUCUGCACGCAGGUCACAGAGUUUCCCUGUCUCACGCCUGCAAAAACGCCAUCAAGACGGACGCGCCCCCCGCCAUCAUCUGGGACAUCAUGCGCUGCUGGGAGAAGACCAACCCGGUCAAACGGGAGAAACUUUCAGAGAUGAGCCCCGCCUGCAAGAUCCUCUCCAAUCAGCCCAGCUUUGAAGCGUGUUUCACCGUGAGGGACGACGCCAACCCUCAGUCCCGUCAGCGCCACUUGACCCGAUUCCAGGAGAACCCGCAAGCAUUCUGGGGGCCCAAAGCCAGAGCAAAAGCCGGUGGUGGCAUCUCAAAUGACCUGCAGAAAAAGCGGCUCAAGAACCAGAACAAGCGGAAGAACCAGAUCACAGAUUCUUCGCAGCUGAAGAACUUUCCCUGCAAGAGGUUCAAACAGGGCGCGUGCACACAUGGCGAUGAAUGCUCCUACUCGCACGAUGCCGAGUGCACAACCGAAGCCAAAAUGGAAUGACUUCUCACCUUUUUGUGUUUUUGUACUUGAGUUGUUUUUAGAGCGGGGAUAAAGGCCACAAGCAGCCUGGGUAAUGACGUCGUAGUGGGCCGACUCAUGCGAAAGAUUUUUUUUGCUUGUUUUUUUUUUUUGGUUUGGCUGUUGUAACGGCCCAAUAAAGCCCAAACGUAUCACAUUGCUGUGUAAAUUAUU